AUGGUGAAUAUAACAACUCAAUUUUGUUUUGCUUCAGUAAUGGCUAUGAUUGCUAAUAGUGUAACAAGUGAUUUAUUAGGUACACUGAAUGGGCUGAGUCAAAGUUUAGUGGCAUUGUUUAGGUUAUUUGCACCCUUAAUUUCAUCUCCUUUGAUAGCUUGGUCAUUUACUCAAAAAUUCCCUUUCAAUGCUCAUUUUACUUUCUUUGUCAUGGCUGUUGUUCCUUUAAUCAAUUUCUUGUUAUUGUUAUUGAUUCCCAAGUCAAUUAACUAUCCAAAAGAAGAAGUUCAAUACACUAAAAUUAUUGAACUUGACAAUAUAGAAGACAAAAAUGAUAUACAACAGAAAGAUGAAACUACACAACAAGACGUUAAUCCAACAAACCAAACUAACACUACUAAAGCUGACUCUUCUGAAGAACAAGUUAACGCCAUUAUUAUUGAUGAAGGUGAAAACCAAAUUGAACUUUAA